GCCAGAAUUCCAGUAGAGGAUCUUCCCAGAGUUCGCAGGGACAGAGGAAAAACAUCCUCUGUUGUUCAUAACCACAUCAGUCAAGAGAAUGGGAAGAAUAGAUGCCAGUCAUAUGAAUGCACCCUCUUCGGACAUUUCCAUUUAUCAUAAUGGGCAGCACUAACUCCAGACAAAAUCCUCCACCCCCAUCAAAUAACACCUGUGAGGGUAACAAUGUGGAUACAUGUCAGAGAGACUUGAAACAAAACUAUGAAUUGUAUGACCUGUCUGUUGAAAUAGAAGAGCCCUCCACAACUGCUUCAGAAAUCCCCAACAGUGAUGAAGAUCCUGAGGAUGUUUUUUACAAGUUUGUGAUUCUGCAUGCUGAGAAUGAUAUAGAUGAAGCCAUCCGAGUCCAGCACCUGCUACAAAAUAAAUUUUGUGUUAAACCUGGAAUAAUCUUUGCAGAAAUGCCUUGUGGGAGACAUGUCUUAGAAAACUUAAAUGAUGCUGUGAAUGGGUCAGCAUGGACUAUUAUAUUGUUGACAGAAAACUUCCUAAGUGAGGCUUGGGUUGAGUUUCAGUCUUAUACUUCCCUGAUCAAUGCUCUUAACAAACAGCAUAAAUACAACUCUGUCAUACCAGUAAGGCCACUGAAUAAUCCACUUCCAAGGGAGAAGACUCCUUUGGUCCUGCAGACCAUUAAUGCACUGGAAGAAGACAGUCCUGGCUUUGCUAAACAAGUAGAGAAACUUUUCCAGGAGUCUAAAUAUAGACAACAGCAAGCAAUAUGGAAGACAGAAAAAAUGAAAGAGAGGAACUAGCUGUUGUUAUGGUAGAAGACACAUGCAAAGACAGAUACUUAGACAAUCAUUGUGGAACAGAAGGAAUAGAAUUUACUUUUAUUCUUAUCAGAUGAGAGAAACUUUUUUUUUUUUUUUUUUAUACACACACAUAUUAGCCUACAUGAGACAGGCCACUUUCCUGUCCUGACGUACUACUUCUCCCUACCCCUGUCUAUUUUGUCUUUAUACUGUAAGGUCUGCCUCCCUUUAAGACUGUACAGUUCCUCGCACAUUGCAGUUACUACUGGAAGCAGUAUAGUACUAACGGCUGCCACUGACAGCCAAGAGAAAUAGUACAGGAUCACAUCCCAUAAAGAGGCUUCUACUGUAACUGACCCAGAAAUAUACAUAAAUUAGCUGUACUAGCCACUAUGAUGGAACCAGAGAGCUACAUUCUGCAUUCUACAAAAUAUAUGCUGCCAAGUUAAAAAAUGGACAUCUCAAAGUGUGCAGACAUUCAGUGUUUAUCAUAUUUGCAGUUGUUAAAUAGCAGUUAUUUUUAGGUGCCUUUAGAACUCAUGUUAAAAUGGAUGUAAAAUUUAAUAUAACCAUUUUUUUAAAUUACUCUGGAAGGGUUUUUUUGGUUUCUAAAGAAAAUGCAGAAAACUGGCAAACUGGUACAUAAAGAACUUGACUGAUGACUACCUAACAAGCGUGUGUGCCUGGGAGUUAUGGUGGUACAGAUUUAAAAAAAUUAGACUUUUUUGUUUGUCAUAGGCUCAUAGUCUGUAUUGACUCUUGUCCUACUUUUGUAUUAAGCACAUUCCAGUGCUAGUAUAAUGUGCUGUACAACAAAGUAUUCAGAAACUCAGAUGACUAGUGUGUAAUUAAAGCUAGAAACUGAAAUGUUGCCGGGGUGGGGUGUUAAAGUAGUAUUCUGUAUGGAAACAAGUCUGGCAAAGACCCCACUAUUACACUACUGUGGCCUGUCCUGUUUACUUGCAUUUGCAUCCUAAGGGCUUGUGUUCAACCUAUUGUUCUAUAUCCCACUCUCAGUGAGUGAAGGUAAAGCAGUUAAAAGAAUUAUGGCUCUACUGCUAAGCAAUACAGAAGCACAAGUUGAAUAUGUGGGAUUAUGUUUAAAGUUGACUACAUAUUCCUGAUCCACGAGAGCUGAGGAGUUGUUGCCAUGACUAUUGCAAUUGUGCAGGAGAAUCUAUUUUGCUUGCAUGGAUCUUAAAACACUCGGUAACCAUCAUCUGUGCCUUUUCUUCUUUCCACAGGUCCUGAAUGUCAUGUUGUAAUACUGCCUGUCUUGUUUUAAAAGAGGUGAUGGUAUGAUCUGUACUAGCAGGAAUGAAAGAAGGGCAAAAGAGGAGGAAAAAAUCUCAGGAACUUUUAGAAUAAGAUUGGUGUGUAUAAAAAGCCGUCUUCUUCCCUACAACAAACAAUGCUCAAAAUCUAUGUUUAGAGAUAAGCUGGUACAGAUUGAAACAUAGAGAACAAAUGCAAUGAUAAUAUUUAAAACAGCUGACAUUAACAUUUGAAAAAUCAAUUCUGGAUAUGCCUGUGUAAGAGUGGAAGGAUGAUCUUGUGGUUAAAGAAUGGGACUGAGAGUCAAUUCCUGGCUCUGCCAUAUCUGCCUGUAUGACCUUGGUCAUAGGAGCAGAUUUUAAAAGGUAUCUAAGCACCUAAAAGAGUGCUCAGUGAAAUUUUCAAAAGCACCUAAGUACCAAACUCCCAUUGAAAUAAAUAGUAGGUUUGGAGUGUUGUUGCAGUCAUGAUGGUCCAUUGAAAUGCAUGCAGUUUCCCCAUUAGACACCUAUCUCCAUGUUCAGGCACUUAGAUACCUUUAAAAAUCUGUUUGUUGGCUCCUGUGACUCAGGUUUUCAUCUCUUAGGUAGGAAUAGUACUUCCUACUUCAGAGGCUUUGUAAUGCUAUGUGCACUAGUAUGCAUAAAGUUCUUCUCUGAUGGAUGAUACACAAAGGGAAUUUGGCACUCAAGUAUUUAGUGUGUAUAAUUAUAUAUUUUAACUGUCUCUUGCAUAGAUUCCAACUGAUAGAUUUUAAUUUUCCUAUGCAGUGCCUGUAAAUACUGACAUCAUAAUACUAAAACUCUAAUUAUCACAAA